CAUCUUCAGAUUCUUCAUCAUCCUAAUCGCCGAGCACCUUCUGCUGAAGCCAUUGACGUGCGUCGACAUCUUCAGAUUCUUCAUCAUCCUAAUCGCCGAGCACCUUCUGCUGAAGCCAUUGACGUGGUGAGUUGUGUGGGUCAGUGUUGUGGGUCUGUGGUGAGUUGUCUGGGUCCGUGGUGAGUUGUGUGGGUCCGUGUUGUGGAUCCGUGGUGAGUUGUGUGGGUUCUUGGUGAGAGUGUUGGUUCGUGGUGAGUUGUGUGGGUCCUUAUUGUGGCUUAUUGGUGAGUGUGGGUGUCCGUGGUGAGGAUUCAUGGUGAGUUGUGAGGGUUCGUGGUGAGGAUGUGGGUUUGUGGUGCGUGAGUCCAUGCUAACAAUGUGAGUCCACGUGGUAGCGGUGCAAUCGCCCUCCACUGAACUCUGCCUGACUCUCCCCACCCUCCACUCUCCACGCAGAGACACCGAGAGAUUUACGGAGCACAGCAACGCCAUGCAGACGAGGCAAGCUGGACCGAGUGGGAGGCAGCCUCCGCCUAUCACCAGGUGGAGUGCGCUGACCGCCAGCUCCAUGUUAAUCCGCAGCAAAUCACCCAAAGCGAUCCAGCGUAUCUUCAAGACUUCCCUGACUAAGCGCCAGAAGCUGGAGCUCGCCGCCAUGGACGCGGUUUGGUUUUUUACUUUGGACGAGGGGGAGGAGGAAAGCCGAGGGGGCGUCGCCAAUGGAGGAUAUGACGACGACGAUAACAACUACAUCCUUGUCCAGAACGAGCACUUCCACUACCGCUUCGAGCUGAACAAGAAGAUUGGGCAUGGUGGACAGGGCGUGGUGGUGCAGUGUCUGGACCACAAGACUCGGACGAUGGUGGCGCUCAAGAUCCUCGCCUCGCCCUCCAAGUGAGUGGGCCCUGGUGCAGCGGUGCAGUCAACAGCAACAGCAGCACCAACAACAACAACAACAACGAUGUCAACAACAACAAUGGGCCAACUAUGGGACUGCUGUUGAGUGUUAGCUCACAGUGACAACAAUAACAAACUAUGGCUGAAACAACCUUUACUUGACUCUCCCUCGCUCGAGCACCCACCACCAUCACGACCACUACCACCACCAUCACCACCACCACUGUCACCACCAUCACCACCAUCACACUACC